CGCACACACGGGCGGGGCGCAGCCGCCGCGCUGCCAUGAGCCCCCGCGCCCUCCGCCCGGCCCCGGCCCCGGCCCCGGCCCGGGCGAUGCUGCGGGGGGCGGCGCGGCUGAGCCCCCACCCGACCCCGCCGCCGCCCGCCGCCGCCGCCGCCGCCGCCAUGGCCGGUAAGUCCCGCAGCGGCUGCGAGGCGCUGAAGGUGGUGGCCCGCUGCCGGCCCAUGAGCAGGAAGGAGGAGGCGGCGGGCUACGAGCGCGUCCUGGAGCUGGACGUGAAGCUGGGGCAGGUGAGCAUCCGAAACCCCCGCGCCGCGCCCGGCGAGCUGCCCAAGACCUUCACCUUCGAUGCCGUCUACGACGCCAGCUCCAAGCAGGCGGACCUCUACGACGAGACGGUGCGGCCGCUGAUCGACUGCGUGCUGCAGGGCUUCAACGGCACCAUCUUCGCCUAUGGGCAGACCGGGACCGGCAAGACCUACACCAUGCAGGGGGCCUGGGCGGAGCCGGAGAAGCGGGGCAUCAUCCCCAUCUCCUUCGAGCACAUCUUCACCCACAUCUCCCGCUCGCAGAACCAGCAGUAUCUGGUGAGGGCCUCAUACCUGGAGAUCUACCAGGAGGAGAUCCGGGACCUCCUCGCCAAGGACCAGAGCAAGAAGCUGGAGCUGAAGGAGAACCCUGAGACGGGGGUCUACAUCAAGGACCUCUCCUCCUUUGUGACCAAGAACGUCAAGGAGAUCGAGCAUGUGAUGAACCUGGGGAGCCAGACGCGGUCUGUGGGCAGCACCAACAUGAACGAGCACAGCUCCCGCUCGCACGCCAUCUUCCUCAUCACCAUCGAGUGCAGCGAGACGGGGCCAGACGGCGAGGAGCACAUCCACGUGGGCAAGCUCAACCUGGUGGACCUGGCCGGCAGCGAGCGCCAGAGCAAAAUGGGGGCCCACGGGGAGCGCCCCAAGGAAGCGUCCAAGAUCAACCUCUCCCUCUCUGCCCUGGGCAACGUCAUCUCCGCCCUCGUGGACGGCAAGAGCACACACAUCCCCUACCGGGACUCCAAGCUGACCCGCCUGCUGCAGGACUCCCUUGGGGGCAAUGCCAAGACAAUCAUGGUGGCCACCUUGGGCCCGGCCUCGCACAGCUACGACGAGAGCCUCUCAACCCUCAGGUUUGCCAACAGGGCCAAGAACAUCAAGAACAAGCCCAGAGUAAACGAGGACCCCAAGGACACCCUGCUGCGGGAGUUUCAGGAGGAGAUUGUCCGGCUGAAAGCCCAGCUGGAGAAACGUGGUAUGCUGGGGAAGAAGAGGAGAAGGAGCAGCCGGAGGAAGAAAGUGGUGGAUGGAGAAAGCGCCACGGAGAACGAAGGGGAGGAUGACAAUGAGGAUGGCCUGGAGAAGAACAUGGAGAAUUACUUGAAAGAGCAGAAGGAAAGGCUGGAAGAGGAGAAAGCCGCUAUCCAGGAUGACCACAGCCUGGUGAGCGAGGAGAAGCAGAAGCUGCUGCAGGAGAAGGAGAAGAUGAUAGAGGAUCUGCGGAAAGAGCAGGAGGCCACUGAGCUGCUGGCCACCAAGUACAAGGCGAUGGAGAGUAAGCUGCUCAUCGGAGGCAGGACCAUCGUGGACCACACCAACGAGCAGCAGAAGAUGCUGGAGCUGAAGCGGCAGGAGAUAGCCGAGCAGAAACGCCGGGAGCGGGAGAUGCAGCAGGAGAUGCUGCUGCGGGAUGAGGAGACCAUGGAGCUGCGGGAGACUUACACCUCCCUGCAGCAGGAGGUGGAAAUCAAAACCAAGAAGCUGAAGAAGCUGUACGCCAAGCUGCAGGCCGUGAAGGCGGAGAUCCAGGACCAACACGAUGAGUACAUUCGUGUGCGCCAGGACCUGGAGGAGGCUCAGAACGAGCAGACACGGGAGCUGAAGCUCAAGUACUUGAUCAUCGAGAACUUCAUCCCACCAGAAGAGAAGAACAAGAUCAUGAACCGCCUGUACUUCGAUGGUGAGGAGGACCAGUGGAAGUUCCAGCCGCUGGUGCCCACCGGAGGAAACAGCAACCAAAUGAAGAGGCGGCCUACCUCUGCGGUGGGGUACAAGAGACCCAUCAGCCAGUAUGCCCGCGUGGCCAUGGCCAUGGGAUCUCAUCCUCGGUACCGGGCUGAGAACAUCAUGUUCUUGGAGCUGGACCUCUCUCCUCCAGCCAUCUUUGAGUUUGAGCGGAGCAGGGACCCAGCAGAGCAGGACCCCCGGGCUCUCCACCUGGAGAGGCUGAUGCACCUGGACAGCCUCCUGGAGCGGCCAGCAGCCUCCCGGGUGAGGAAGUCCCGCUCUUGGUGCCAGACGCCGCGGUCACUGCCAUCCUCAGCCACGCAUGUCUCCCUCACCUCCAGCUCCCCACGCACCACCACGAUGCCAGCUCAGGAGUGAUGUCCUGUACCCCCUCGUCCCCCACACCGCCUCACAGUGAGGACUGUGCCCUGCCAACGGCUGGGGAAGGGGCCCCAGCCGGCAGCAUCUCCACCGGUCCCAGUUCAUCUUUGUCUUCAGCUACUCUGUGUGCGCGUGUGUUUGUAUGAGACGCUCACGAACAUCCCCUGGGGCGAGGGGAGCUUCCCUCUCCUUCCUUCCGCCCCCUCCUCCUCGAUCUGGAUCUGUCACUUUAUUUA